CUGUCUUUAAACAUUCCGCACAUUUUUCGCAAAUAAAUCAACGGAUAAUGUUAGCAAACACCUGCUUGUCUUUAUAAACGACUGGAACAAGCUAAUAUUGCCCCACCUUUAGUUAAGAGCCUAAAUGUGUCGUCACAGGUUUUAUAAAAACUGAAGAAUGACAGAAGCGAAUCGACCUCAGCGUAAGCUGUCCAGAGCAGGAGUCAGUCUGUACAGUACAUUAGGUCUGGAGAAAGGUGCUACGGCUGAAGAUAUUAAGAAAGCGUACAGGAAACUGGCAUUGAAGUAUCACCCAGAUAAAAACCCAGACAACCCAGAAGCGUCUGAAAAGUUCAAAGAGAUUAACAAUGCCAACACCAUUCUCACCGACGACACCAAACGACAGAUCUACGACGAGUACGGCUCUAUGGGGCUCUACGUCGCAGACCAGUUUGGAGAAGAUACUGUCAAAUACUAUUUUCUAACGUCCAAAUGCUGGUUUAAGACUCUGCUUGUGUUUGUGAUGUUCUUCUCGUGCUGCUGCUGUUGUUUGUGCUGUUGCUUCUGUUGCGGAAAGUGUGGAAGUUCAGAAAAUGAAGAUAAUUUUGAGUAUAUGGAUCCAGAAGAGCUCGCGGCCGAGAUGUCGGAGGAGCAGAACAAAGGCAAUGACACGGUUAUCACAGGACAACCAAUUCCCUGUCCAGCCCCUGGAAAUUCAGAUCAUCCUGUGAUUGUUGGAAUGCCCAUUCCUGAAUACCAAGAUGGACACUAUAGGAUACACAUCCCUUCAGACACACAUGUGGACAUGACACAAUAAUUGUCCAGUAUGAUGUGUAUUAAAGUCCUGCUGAAGCUUUCGGUUUCUGUAUUGUGGUUUAAUCUCAGUGGUUUGUAUUACACGCGACGUCUGUGCAAUACUCAUUUUGUCUCGGUCGAUUUUUGUUUACAUCAUUUUAAAGUUUAUUUUCAACAUUGUUAUUUGCUUAAAUGUUCCGAUAUAUUUUUAUUGCAAAGACACUUUAUUUUCUGAUGCAUCAAAAUGACCUGAAGAAUGACGGUCAUAAUGGAUCACAGGUCUGUUCUUAUGGAGUUGCAACUAACCAUAUAACUGUGGAUAUAAGACGACAAAACCAAACAUGGUAAUAUGGUUAAUAAAACAAUAUUUGACUCAGUAUUUGUUUGAUGUGUUAGGCUGCUAUUGUAAAUCACACUUCAGUAACACUUUACAGUAAGCUUCUGUUUUUAACAUCAGGGUUAACAUCAAUAACAUGUUUUAUUCUGAUUGGUUAAGAAAUGUUUCACGGGUAUGUAUUAUUUUUUGAUAAACUCACACUUGACCUGUCAAAUAAAAUGACCUGUUAAAAUGAUGUAUGAGCAGAAUAAUUGACUCUGGUCCGGUCCGGUAUCACCAACCCUGGGUUUGCAUUAUUUUCAAAUAAUUCAACGGACCAUUAUCAAUUAUUCAUAACUUAACUAACCUUAGUUAUACUGUACUACAUAUUUGAUGAAACACAACAGGCAGAUUUUCAUGACGGAUGUUUAAUUUCUAUAAAAUGUUUGUUGUUGCUGAAGCUGUGUCGAUGCAGUCUGAUACACAAAACAUUCAAGUCUUUGCUAUCUGUAUGUACAUGGACCUUUUAUCAUUUGAGUCAUUUGAAAUGUAAAGUACCAUUGUGAAUGACGUAUUUUCUGUCUGUUAAACAAGCGCUUUGUCAACUUUACUGAACUUUGAGUCGAGCACUGAACUGACCAUGACGGAUAAAUAAAAACAAAAUGAAUAUUAUCA